AUAUAACAGCUUUUGGUCAGCAAAAACUGGUAUAAUCAGGUUAAAACAGGCUAGGGUGCUCCUGUCCUCGGGCCAGGAGAAAUCCGAGAGAGUUUGUUUACUUUACUCAGUAGCAAACUUUCGGCGAGAUCACAUCGACUGCUCGUGUGGUAAAGUCAUCAACAUUAAAGGCUUCCAAACAGCAACUAAAAAAUGACUGAUAACCGGAUAUAUCGUACUCGUACUCUUGGAAUUCCUGCAGAAGGCUUAAAGGACCAGUAUGCAGAUGGAACUGCUGCUAAACUCUGGGAACUUUACAUUGGUGACAAGAAUCACAGAACUCAGAUUUACAGAGACUUUAUCGUCAAUCUUCUAAGAGAAAAUAAGUGUAAUAAUGUUUUGGAUGUAGCUUGCGGAACAGGAGUUGAUAGUAUUAUGCUCCUAGAAGAAGGUUUUAAAUUGACUAGUGUUGAUCUCUCAGAUAAAAUGUUGAAAUAUGCCCUGAAGACACGUUGGAAGAGGCGUAAGGAACCAGCUUUUGAUGACUGGGUGAUUGAGGAAGCUAACUGGCUAACAUUACCAGAAGACAUAGAAGGAGCUGGUUCCUAUGAUGCAGUGGUAUGUCUUGGCAAUUCCUUUGCACAUCUUCCAGAUAUUUCAGGAGACCAAAGUGAACAUAAGUUAGCACUGAAGAAUUUUGCAGAGAUGGUGAAACCAGGUGGGAUAUUGGUGAUAGAUCACAGAAAUUAUGAUGCAAUCAUUGAAAAAGGAUCUGCACCUUCUCACAAUAUUUACUAUAAUAGUGACCACAUUCAAGACAUUAAAACUUCAGUAUUAUAUGUCAAUGGCAAAGCAUCUCUGGUUACCUUAGAUUAUGUAAUGGAUGUAACGACUGCCUCUCGUGAUGAAACUGAUUCAGAGAUUGCGAAGAAAGGCCGAGUUGAAGAUUACACCAGAGGCAACUUCCGCUUGUCAUACUUUCCUCACCGAGUCAAAAGAUUCACAGAGUUGUUAAAUGAAGCCUUUGGGAAAGGGUGUCGGCAUCGUGCUUAUGGAGAUUUUAAGUCCAUUGAAGAGGCAGAUAACCCAGCAUUUUACAUACAUGUUGUUCAGAAGCCAUCAUAGAAUAAAAUCUAUGUUAUUAUUGUGUGACCUGAGGCAGGUUGUGAUAUUCUCUGUAAGUUGUAUACCUAGAAAUGACCAUUCCUUGACUCAGUUGUUCAUUGUUGGCUAAAUUUUGUUAGCCACACUUUGUUGAAGAAGAUUUCUCAGCCAAAUUGUGUUAGCUGUAAUUUGUUGAUGAAGGUUUCUCAGCAGUUUGUUGUUUUGAUUUUUUAUAUUUUGUUGUUUUGAUUUUUUAAUGAGAUGACCUUUUGAUUUUUUAAUGAGAUGACCUUUUCAUUAUAAUUUCCUCUCCCCAUUUGACAGAUAUUAAAUUUAUUUCUUCAAAAGGUCGUUAUAUCUCUAAGAAAGUUUUUAUAUUUUAUGUAUUUGAGUGUUGUUAAUUUGUGCAUGCACGUGGAGAUUUUUAUGUUACGAAACAUGCCUUUUACGAAUUGUGAAUGUGCUUAAGUAAUUCUUAAAUUCAAUAUAAAAAAAAUUAAGUUUCACUUAUAUAUUUUUUAUUCUACCAUCAAAAUGAAUUUUGUUUUCAUUACUGUUGUUGAUAUUUUAAUAGUUAUUUUAUUUAAUUACAGUAUUCAUAUUGAGAUAAGCUAAGCUGUAAUUAUUCUUGGCUGAAAUAUGAUUAAAGUUGCAGGUGAGAUAAGAUGCAGUGUCUAUGCUUUUUCAUUAAAGUAUUUAUAGUACUUAUUUUCAAGUUUCAGUACCUACUGUCUCUUUAUACUGAAAGUGCAUAUCAAAUAAACUGUGAAUAUUGUGUGUAUUGCAAGUGGCCAGAUUUUAAGUGAACUGUCUUUUAUAAUGGUUUUCUUCAGCUCACAAACAUGUGGGGAAAAAAUUCAAAACUUUUUGUGAAGAGAUAAAGAGAAUUUGCAGCACUCUUAAAGAUAAAUGUAGCAAACUGAAAUACUCUUUGGACUCAUUUCAUAACUAUAGAUGUAAAUACAGCACUGCAUAAUGGAUAUGACUAAAUUGUUUUCAUUUCUGGAAUUGUAGAAUUACUGUGAAUUUCCCCAUUUCCCAACCUAAGAAAGGUUGUCCUAGUUGUUGCAUCAAUGAUUACUUUUUCUUACAGAAGUAAAUCUUGUAUGUGUGAAGGGAAACUUUAAGGCUACUUAUGGCUGUUUGGUUUCAGUAAUAGGAUAUUGCAUGUAUAAAAGGACUCUUAGCUCUGAAUUAAUCUUCAGUUUAUAGACGUUUAAUGGUACUACAUACUUACAUUGCUCUCAGGAAUGUUUGUUCUCACUGGUAAUUUUAGAUUGUAUAAUAAAACCAAGUACAUCAUGUACUCUAUAUUGCUCAGUGUUAUUUGGCGGAAGGGUAUUAACUAAAUAAUCAGCUCUUGUAAAUCAUGACUACAGUAUUUUUACAUACAGUAUAAUUCCUCAUACUAUAUAAUGAUUUUCUUUAAAUUACACUUUGGUACUUCAUUACAUUAAAUCAUAUGUCAUAAUCAUGCUUCAAUCAUUUGUCAGUGGUUAUGAAGUAGUUAUUAGUUUAUUAUACUAAUAUGCUUGCAGUUUUGAAGUUUACCACAUGAAACAUUUAUCAGAAAACUAAUUUUGACCCAAAUUGUUUAAAGGCCUAUUUAAGCUUUAAAUCCAACAUACUGUAAUGUAUUUUGAUAUUCAUAAUGCAAGUUAAAUUAGAUAAGCAUCACUUUUGUGUACCAAGUAGGCUACAGUGGUCAGGAAAAUAAAUGCAUAAUUUGAAGUUACUUUUCAAUGUGGGAAAAUUAUGGCCUUAAAGGUUAAGUAUAUACUUAUAAUCCAAUUUUGAAACAAAAGUUAGAAGCAAUUUAAAUUUAAUUUUUUAGGAGUAUAGUUGUUUAAAAAUAAUUUCCUAUGAAGUUUGGAGGUCUAAGAAUUGAAUUCUACAGCUGUAUGAAACCUUUUGCACAUAAAUUUUUUUUUUCUUUUGGAUGAAGUCUGGUGGAAACUUGUAAAAGUUGACUUUCAGCUCACGAGGCUUUUUACAUUUGUAUACCUGGGAAAAAUACAAAUUACCUUAAAAAUUUGGCCUAUACAUCAGUCAUCAGGUUUUGUAAAUUAUGAAAGUAGUCACAAAGCCUUGCUCAGUUAUUUUUUUUCACAGUGCUGUAAAGUGAUGAAAAUUUUAUGCUUGUGCAUGUAAACUUAACCAUUUCAGACCUAUUAUUCAUAAUUACUAUAAACAGUCCUUAUUAGUAUCUGUAUGUAUGGUAAUAGAGGGAUUUUUCCAUUCUUAGCUUAGUAAGCAUGACAUUUGACUUGUUAAAAAUUCUGCGGUUUCAGAUAAAUUUUGGAAAAAUAUUAUCCACUUAAGCUUUGCCAUUAACAUGAGUUACAAUAUUUAAGUCUUAUGCUUUACGAGAAAAUCCAUAUAUCAGAGGAUUCUUUAGGUAGCUGACAGUAUUAAGAAGAAUUACAAACCAUUACCUUCUUUAGGUAAUUAAGUAGUACUUAAUACCUUUUGAUUUUUUUACAUGAAUAAAAUAUAAAAUUUUUGCAAAUAAAUUGACAAGCAUUAGGUUUUAUUUUGAAUAUUGUGUGUUCAUAAGAGUUGUAAUAAUAUACACUACAUUAUGACUAUCCACUUAAAUAUUAAAAAAUAGUUAUGAUAACUCAAUAGUGGUCAUACAGUCAACUCUAAAACUGUGAGUUAAUGGAGCUUUUUGAAUAAUAAUUCAAGAAUCAUUUAUGAACUACUGAGGCAGUAACAGGGAUCUAAAUAGCAGUACUUCAAAUAUAGUCAGAAUCCUUAGACUGUAACAUUAUUUUUACAAUAUGAAAAACUAUUUUGUUAUUUAUUUUAUUUACCGAUCUUACACUAGGAAUGAUCUUUUUUCAUGAAUUCAAACCCUUACAAGGCACUGAAACUUGUUUCUUGGUGAGAUAAGAGGGUCAACUAUGUUUGCAUAAAAUUACUUUCUGUGAAAGAGUUCUUCUAUGAAGGCAUGUUUAUGUAAAUGCUAAUUAGAAAUGAAAAUUGCCCAUGUUGCCUUAAUUGUAAGAUAAACAUGUGAGUGGUAGUCUCCUGUAUGUAUCAUAAAAAAAAAAAGGGGGGGGGGGGGGGGGGGACUAUUAGUGUGCAAAGAGGGAUACAUUUACGAAAUUAAUAGAUAUUUUAAAGGAGUGACAUUUAGAGCUAAAAUAAUUUUACUUCAAUUUCAUUUAAAUGGGAGUAACUAGUAAAAACUAAAGUGAUAACAGAUUAACUUGAAAGGUGUGGCAUUUAAUAAUUUAAUUGAAGUCAUAUUGAUUCAUAUGUAAGUAUUUUUAAUAUAAGAAAAUCUUGUUUACCAACUAAUAAUAAUAAUAGCAAGGAUUAGUUUUCCAGAAAAAAAUAAUAAUAAUUAUUAUUACUAUUAUUAUUAUUAGUUGGUAAACAAGAGUUUAUUAUGUUAAAACCAAAUCUCCAAAAUAAUCAUUAGAAUUUUGUCCUCCAAUCCUUGGGAAAUAUUUGGGGUUUCAUACUUUUUUCUUUCUUUUUUUUCUGUAUCAGAUUGUUGCCCAAAAUUAUAUGGUUCACCUUCUGAACUGCAUGGAAACUGAUUUUCUUUUUUGUUCCCCUGCAUCCUUAAAUCCACUACAUAAAUAUGGUGCAGCUGAAGCAGUAAAAGUGUCCCAGAGGUAUUCUGCAAUGUUACUCUUGUGACAUUUCUUAUGCCACUCCUUUACUAACCUUGAGAUUAAGAUAGUGUUUGCCAAAAAGUUUUCUUUAUAUUCUCUAAAAAUAUUCAGCAUAAUCAUUUCUCAUUGAUUGAACUGAAAAAAUUUGUUACUGAUUAUUUCCAGCUGGCCUGAACUGUGAUGAGCCUGAUACAUUAAAUAAUCAGAGGUUUUAUAUUUCUUUUCCAAUAAUUCUUCAAUGAAAGGACAAUUGGAGAGGUGAUCCACUUUUAAAAUUGACAAAUUUCAUAUUGAUUUAACAUUUAAUUGGGUAAUAAAGGUAACAGUCAA